CAAGAAAUAUUCCGAAUAAAAAUUUAAAUGCAAAAAAAAAAUUUAUUACAAAAAAAACGAGCUAAAGCAAUUAAAAUAAUUAAGCAAAACAUAUACACAAAUUCGAUUUAACGAAAAUAUUUAAUUUGUUUUCGAGAACUUCACCAAUGGUCGCUUGUGGUUGUAAAGCGUAGCCGAAUGCGAAUCUUAAUUACAUGCAAAAUAAAUGGGUACAAUGAGGCCAAAUAAAUACGAUGUUACCACAGCUUACGGUCUAUGCCAAGAUUAUUUACCUCCUGAUGGUGGUGAUUUCGGGUGCAUUAUGUACAGUAGAAGAUUAUGUAAUAAUGUCACAGUGUGCACACAACAAAGCCAUACAUGUAGCUGCGGAAGGAACAGUCUCAGUGACAGACAUUUCACAGACACAAAAUAUAACGAUAGUCGGCCUCCCGGACUAUGUGAACAACAAUCUCAAAAUAGCACUGUACGCAAAAGAAACACAACGGUAUCUGUGUUUCAACGAUCAGUGGAAACUAGUUGGAAUGAAAGAACUGCGCGACACCUGCUACUUCAACGAAACCAUCGUACACGGUUAUUUCGUGUUUCGUUCCGUAGUCGAUCUGCAGCGACGUGUCGGCUUCACGCACCGAGGUAAGGCGGUCGGGCCGAAGAAGAAUGUCAACGACGCCUGCUAUCUGUUCACGAAGAUACAGGCCGAUCAGUUUUUCCAUCAGCACACCGAUUAUUUUGCACCGAAAUCGAAGAGCACCAAACUCAUCAGCGGCAUUGGCACCGCACCGCAAACCACAACCGCCACACACACAACAUCAGGAGCCUCAGCGCGUUCCGCGUCGCAGCGAGCAGCGCUCUCGGCCGCCGUCACAACGGCGACUGUUACGGCGACAGCGACGCAACGCAAUUACAACAGCAACAACAGGCUGUUGCAUACCAACAGCAAGAAUAAGCGAGUGAAUGGCGUGCGAAGCAACAAUAGCAACAAUAACAAUAGGAGCAGUAACAAUAACCAAAAUGAAGAGUACACUAAUGGCCAUAGUAGCAAUUUAAGCAGCAGCAGCAACAAUAAUAACAACAACAGCAAUCAGAGCAGUAAUAUUAACCACAAUAGCAGCAGUAAUUUAGUUAGCAAUAGUCAGCAGCAAGUAGAUUUAAGUCAGCAAAGGCAACACAGCAACAACAGUAAUGGCCGCACACGCGAACACGUGCGUCAGCAACAACAGCAUCAAGUGCGGCAUCAUCACAACGAUCCGAAUUUGAUAGCGCGUCGCCAGCACCACGAGCACAAACAGAAACGGCGACAGCAUCAGCGUCAGCAGCAGCGCCUGCGCAGCGGCAAAAUAACUAGUCCAGCAACAACAACAGUGGCGCAAGAACGCGCCACAGCGACAACAACGACGAGAGCUAUUUAUAGCACGACAGCAGCAGGCGCCGUAGCGCACAGCAGCUAUCACCAUGAAAAGGACGCGCGGCAUGAACCGCAAGCGGCGACCGUUGCCAAUGUCGCGGCCAAAGCUGCAACGGCAACGUCAAUAGUCAUGAAGUCAACCACAACUAUUGCCAAUAAGCGCAAGGGACGACGAAGAAAGGGACGUAAGCAACGAAAGCAACAACAACCACAGCGCGCGCAACAACAAAUGUUGCCGCUCGUAGCGCGUGAGCAUACGAAGGCCGCGCACACACCAACGCCAACCACUUGGAUGUGGAGCGAUUCGCCAACGCCACCGCUCUCGUCACUGUCAACGCAAAUGCUAGCCGAUGUGCCGAGCAGUCUAUCGCCCGCAACAACAUUUGGCGAUUACAGCGGUGAAUGGCAGACCUCAAUGCCAACAAACGUUGACGCGACGUCCGUCGACACCGCAGCGCCUUCAUCUUCAGCACCAACUCUGUCGACGCUGGUGGCAUCGGACACACCUACACCAAUAUACUUGGCCUCAACGACCGACCUGAGCGAUGGCGCGUCGUCGCUCACGCCAACAAGCGAUUACAACAACAACACAGAUUUCACGAGCGAUUCUCCAGCGGAUGAGGAGCCGUCGCUGAACGCUACCUUUAUUACUGAAAUCAAUGAGAGCAGAAUGUGGCCGGAUCCUACAAUAGCCGUAGACGAGCAAUUAAACAGUAUUACUUCCGAACAACAACAACACUUUACAACACAAAAUGUGGCAACGCCAGUGUCAACAGCGGAGUCCAUCGCGCCUACAUCAACCACGUGGUCAGAGAGUAGUGAGCAGAAUUGGUCAUCAAGCACAACAACUAAUGACACUGAUGACCUUGAAACGGUGUUCCCCUCUCCCACAGCAAUCGUCGACACUCAAAGCGUGGCAGUCACCGCAAUUUUCUCAGAAGAUGGCAAUGUGACAGAGGAGACGCAAACCGUUGCUGAGGCCACCGAUUUAUAUGCAACAAUCAAUUCUACCUCCAGUGAAAUUGAAGCAGAAAGUAGCAGCAACACCUACAACGACGAUGGCAACACCGAAGCACUGACGGAAGUCAGCGACUUGCAGAGUACAACAACUGCACAGCAAAAAGUCUAUAGCUUACCGGCUGAACGCGGCAAUAUCGGCCACAUGUGGCGAAAGCAAUCCGGCAUCGCGGCGAGCAUAGCCACACUGCUGCACCAACAAUUGUUGGCGACUAGUGCCAGCAGCGGCAACGUGUACGCCUGGCGCCCGCAGCGUGGCGAAGAAUACUCAGAUGAAAUAAUCGUGGCUACAGGACGACCAGUCGCCGCAGAGCUAGAAACGACAACCGAUAUUGCUUCGGGCGACCGUGCAACAUGGUGGCAACAUCAUAUGAAUCACAGCGGCACGAACUUUUGGGACAAAGGCAUUGCUGAUGAGGUGCCGAGCAACGGCGACGAUGCCGAUUUGGACUGGCUGAAGCACCUCACCAAGCAACGAACUGCCAGCAAGCGCAGGCAUAACAACCGCAAGGCCAACAUCAACAGUAGCAGAGGUGAUGAGGCAGUGUCCCAGCCACCUUUGCAAGCAUUGUCGACGAGCGUUUCUAGCCUUAGUUUCGGCAAGAAAUAUGUGGCGGAAGGCAAAUCACAACGACCAAGCAGCAAAGCGCAUAGCGGAAGCAACAAAUUGCCAGCAGCAACAACAACAGCGCACGAGUACAGCAGCACUGUGGCAACAUCGCGCGCCAGCAGUGCAACAACGCGCAGCGCGGGUGUUAUUACUCCCGCAACAACAAACGCAAUAAUGAAUGACAAAACAUUGGCAACAACAACGACAACACAACACCUAUACGCACUGCAGCAAUUGCUGGGCAAUAAAACUAUUUUGCCGCUAUACAAUCCACCGUCGUUGGUGCACUUCGAUGGUAACAGCAAUCACUUGGCACACACACAUACACCCACAGCAAGCACGCUCAGCACAACCACUUCCGCCGCUGCGCCCACUUCAACGACCGUAGCCGGCGACGCGACAACUGCCGUCGCAGCGUCAACCACCAAAAAGUCGAUACGCAUCUCAACGCAGAAGUUGCUGGCCACGCCCUUUCAUCAGCUGACCUACGUGCGCAACAACGCCGGCGACAUUGAUAUCGACAACAUGGACAACAUCAGCGUCUAUCCGGAUCUGCUUGAGGAAUCUGGCGAGCUGGCGGAACAGCGCUCGACGGAGCGCGCCGAAACCGACGCAACGCGCAAUAGUCGGCUGACAAUCGUUAGCGGUUAUCUGCCAACUUCGGCGACAGCGACGCUACCCGAAUCGAUACGACUUGCCAAAGUCAAGAUAAAUAAAGAGAGGAAGCGUAUGAUGAGCUUGCGAAAAAGGCAUAGCAGGCGACACGCGUAGUCGUGGCUUGCGAAAAAUCGAAUGAGCAUUUAGCAACUUGUUAUGUCUAGAGUUCUUGAACUUAACCACAAGCUUACGAAGUAGCGCUUUGAAAACCAGAAAUGCCUAGCAGCUUAAAAGCUUUACAAAUUUUUUCGCUAAAUAUCACAAACAAGUACUCGGCGCUACCUAAAAUUAUUUUAAAUUGCAUGUAAAAGCACAAAGCUUGCAAGCUUUUAAUGACGCUUUUCAAAAUUUUUCACCAAAGUUUUGGAUUUUCUAAAAAGUUCGCAGUGAGCUCAUGUCAAGUCAUGCGGUCUAGAAAAUUUUAAAAUAUUGCCAAAGCGCUUACUUUACAUUAGUAGACCGAAGCAGGGAGUGAAAGCUUAAAACGUUGUAUGAAAGCUUAAAACGAUGUAUGAAAGCUUAUAAAUGAAAGCUUGUGCUUAUACAGCUUUCUCUUUGCUAACAAAAAUCAGACUUGUUUGCAUCAGCAGACCGUAGCAGGCAGUGAAAGCUUAAGGCGUUGCAUGGAAGCUUUCCUUCUGUUAUUAAAAAUCAGGCUUGGCAAUUAAGCAAAACAAUUUAUUCUUAAAAAUAGUUAAAAAUAGUUGCGGUUUAAGAUUUGUACUGAAAUAUAAACUGUGUAAAAAUUAUUGCUUACCCACAAUAUAUGUUGCAUAACUAUUAUAUCUUAUAGAUAUUAGAAAUAAACAGUUUUUUAGCGAAUGUUUUGGUACACAGCGUUAGCAGACGAAUCAAUUUCAUAUUUCACAGCGAAAAACCACAUAAUUUCACGAAACACCGAACACGACGCAGAGCCGAAUUCAUGCAAACACGAAUUGCACGAACGCUGCAUACUCGCAUACGAAAAUACACGUUUUUGAACGCCACAAACAAUUUCGGACGCAUUACUGGGUUGCAGAACAAAGCGCAAGACCGUUGAUAACUGUAAACACUGAAUAGUUUAUUAGGCAAUGUUUAAGGCAUAUUUUGUUGCAGUAAAUUAAAAACAAAUGAGACAAUAAGCAGCUGGCAUAUGUAGUUUAUGGCUAAAAAAUAUAUGUAUCGAGGCAGAAUGAAGCAAACGACGCCAAUACAGAGGCGAAGGAAGUAACGAAUAAGCUCGAAAAAAUACAUAUCGUCACCUAAAGUGCAAAACAAUGAUCAUCAAAAAAAUUGAAAAUCGUUUACAGAUAUGAUAACCAAAAUAUAACCCUUUUAUAACCCAAAUAGGAGUGUAUGAUAACCAAAAUAUAACCGUUUUGUAACCAAAACUCAAUUUUUGGUUUUAUAUUUGUUUUUUAUUAUAA